CAGCCAUUUUGAACUUAAAGUUUGAAGGCCUUUUAAAUGAUUAAAUGGUAAAAACUAACCAACAAAAUUGUACUUUGUUGUUUUAUCUGUUUUCUUUGUUUUAAACUAAUAUGUGCAGUGCAUAAAUAACUAAAAUAGAAAUAACAAGUGAUUCUGUGUUUUAUUCAAUCGUUUCAGUGGGAAUCAAAGACAAAAACAUGUUAUUUGUAUGGGUUGUUAAAGUAAACAACUGUCAAGAAAAGACUAAAAUUGUGAAAAUUCGAAAGUUCUAAUCAACCAGAGAUCGUUUCAGCAAGAAAACCUACAGACUUAACAGUUUCAUUUAGUUUGGUAUAGCAAAUUACCAACAGGAUGUGUAUUAGGUCUUAAAUUGGUGACCUACUUGUUUUUCAUAGAUUCUGGUUGUUGUCCCAAGAAGAAACUUGAAGAAGCUAUAUUUACAUUUUUAGUAAAGCAGUUAUAUUUAAGAAAGAAAAAUGAGCUUUACAGACAGUGAUAAGAAGGAGGCCAAGCACUUUGUAGAAUUUUACAUUGACAAUAUUGAGAAUCACAGUAACUAUUUCCAAUAUUAUUUAUCUGAAAAUGUUGUGCUUGAUUGGUUUGGAAAGACAAUCAAAAAAGAAAAGAAUGUUACUGCUUUCUUGAAGGACCAAAUGGGUUCUGUGAAUCAUUUCCUUUCUGACGCAGUUCCUGUUGGGAAGAUUGGUUUCAGGGAUUCUCAUAUUAUUAAAGUCCCAAGGACCCAAAAAAUGAUUCCUCUUGCUUUAAUGAGCCCUCCAAGGCCGAUCCAGCUACGGAGUGAAACUACAACUCCCAAGAAACGACCAUUGCCUUCAUCAAGUAACAACUACAGAAGAGAACUUCGCAGUAAAUAUCCCAAAGAACAGGGCCAAGGAGAUGGUCCUCACAAUCAUACGGAAAUCCCCAGUUCACCUAGGAAGAAAUUAAAAACCCCCUAUGAAGUUUCUUUAGAAAGUAUUGACACGUUAGAGAAUGAGUGCGAUUCAACAGAAAGUAGUCAUAAACUUAAAUAUGUACUAUGCCAAGGCGAUCUCGAGUUCCAUAGACCCAGCCAGAAGAAAUAUCAGAGUGAAACAAAGUGGAGGCGGCCGUGUAAACUCAGUGUAGCAUAUACUUCUCUGGGCAGUAAUCAGUAUACGAUAUAUUUGAUAAUAUACGAAGGUAACGUAAAGUGUCGUAGAAAUUUGAUGAAAGAAUUUGAUGCAGUUGACGCAGAGGAGUCUGAAAUUUAAUUGUUUCUAUGUUAGGAGUUUCGUUGUGGGAGUAUGAAAGAACAGCUUUAUAAUUAUAUUUAUAGUUUUUCAAUGCAGCAAUUUAAUGAAUAAUUAGCAAAUAAUUCUAGAUAAAAUCGGAUAUUUGUUUCAGUAGUUAUUAAUAGCAGUAAAACGUAAACUUUUUAGAUUUGUUUAUGCCACUCUUCAAUUUUUAUGACUUUUGAAUUAUUAACCAACUACACAACAACUAUACUAUAUGCUUACCUCAACAUAUCGUGUGUUAUCUACAUUUGACCUAUUUGAAUAUUUAGUCAUUAUUGUGCUUGUGAUUGUAAUUAUUAACUGUUAACACCACUUUCUCCUGCUAAUUGAUUAAAUGUGACAUUUAAAACUCAAGAAUUUCAACGUCUACAGCGCCCAGCUCUCAAUCCCCACGUUGGGCGCCAAUGUGCAAACUCUAAUCAAGGAAAUGCUAACAUGUAAACUGCAGUGUGUAAGUUGUAGAUCGAUGUGUAAUGUACAGUCGACGUUUUUAACAAUUCCACCUAGCUCUUAUCUUCUUCGUGGUACAUUCCACCUUUAUCAAAAGAUACACAGUGCUAAAUUGCAACAAUGUAAAUAAUUGAAAAAGUAUGUUGAACAAAGUCCAAGAAAUGUUUAACGAAGUCGAGAUCGGUGGUGGUUAGUUAGUAAUAAAAUCUAGCUCUAUUAAUACUCCUUCAGGUCUAUAGGAAAUCAAACUGGGUGUUUGGAGAUUUGCUCUAAUGAAGAUUGAAAUUCUUGAAGUUAUGACAAUAUUUUUGUGAUAGACGAUUGUAUGUGCCGGGGUAAUAUUCAGCAAUGAUGAGCUGUUGAAAGCUUCUGCUUUCCUGGCAGGAUCCAGUAAUGAUAGCAGAAGGUAUAUCUGAUUAUUGUUCGGAAAGACAAUCAAUUGAACAAGUUGCAGAAGAAAAUGGUCUUUUCUCAGCUAAUAGUUGUAGUCACAUUGGUCGAAUAUAGACGAUACACAACAAUUUUCUGUAUUUAAAAGUUGUAAAAAUCGAAUUCUUGUUAACUAUUUGUGAAAUGUUAAUGAUUAAUUUAUAUUUUUUUUAUUUAAUAUAUAAAUAUAUAAAAUCUAGUUAAAUAUUACAUUUUGCAACAUUAGAUAUAAAUAACAAAUAAAAUGUGUUGGGUUUUUGAUUGCCCAAUAAAUUUUAAAAAUAAUUUGUUUAUAUUUUUACUUUUUUUACAGUUUCUAAAUAAUACUGUAGUAUAAAAACAACGUAUUCAUAUUCUUUAAAUUGCUGUAUUCUUUAUAUUUUUGCAUUUAGUAAAUAGCACUUUUGUUUUAUUGUUCAGAGUUUUCAAAGUAUACACAAAAAUCAAAGAGAUAUUAUUCUUACAAUUCAAUUUAAAAAAGAUUGUCUAAAUGCCUCUCAUACUUCUAUUUUUUUAGAUAUAUUAAAAAUAAUUGAUGCUUUAAUUGUAUAAUUGGUGGAAUUUAGGUAUUGGUAUGUCAAAUGAUAAUAUUUCUACAUAAAUCAAUUUUUUGUAUAACCAAUCGUAUGUAAAGAGACGACUACAAAAAAUAUAUAUUUUUUUGAAUAAAUGUUUAAAUUGUAAAAAUUAUAGUAAAAAUGGAUAAAACACCUUCAAAAAGUCAUGAUAAUUAUCAUAGAAAACGAAGUCCGCCCGAAAAAUCCUAUCAGAAAUUUUUCGGAAUCCUUUCUUGAAUUUUAUAAGAGUUUCGAAGGUCCCAUAAACAAAAUUUAACAGUAAAUGAAUUAGUGAGAAGAGGAGCCCAAAUUUGAAGACAGAUGAGCGAAAAUAUUUGAUUCCUUUUUGUAAACUUUAAGCUAAAUUAAUGUAGUUUAAUAUAAUCAAAAUUUAACCCUCACGCACAAGUUGAAGUCCUUGUGACAAACAACUUCAGUGAGAAACUGAGUUUAUUUAUAAUGUUAUUAUUUGCUAAAAAUAAACUCUAUUAUUAUUAUUAUUAUUAUCCAGAUUUAGCCAUACGGCUCACACUCCCUCUAAGGGGAAAAUUGACUCAUCCCAGAUACCUACGGUAUCAAAAGGAUUGAGCUCUGGUGGGACUCUUUCCGUGUUAUCGAGCCCUAGGUGACUUGGAAUGCAGGUGUAUCUCCCAAAAAUUUUCGUACACUUCUGGCCGUCGCAAGUAGUACAGCUUUCUGCAUGGUCUUAUAAAGAUGUUCAUUGAGACCCAGCUUUUUUAUGCUUUCGAGGAGGGUCUUCGGAAUGACUCCAGUAGUAGAUAUAACAAUAGGUAUCGUCUGGGUACUUUGCAUUCUCCACUGUCUCCGUAUUUGAAUUUCCAGAUCUCUAUACUUGGCGAUCUUUUCAGUAAAUUUACUACGUAGAUUAUUGUUGUUAGGUAUCGCCACAUCAAUUAGUGUUGUUUGUCUUGUUAAUUUAUUAACUAGUACGAGAUCUGGUCUAUUAUGUGCCACUGUUUGGUCUGUGAGCACACUGCGGUCCCAGUAUAGCUUGUAGUUGCCAUCCUCAAGCAUACUCUCAGGAACGUAUUGAUAAUAUGGGAGAUGGUCCGUUUGGAGAAGUCCCAACUUGUUAGCUAUCUCUUGAUGAAGGAUUUUUCCCACUGCGUCAUGCCGUUCCUUAUAUUCAGUUGCAGCAAAUGCCUGGCAGCCCCCUGUAAUAUGUUGGAUGGUUUCUUGGGCUUGACAUCCAUAUCGGCAUCUGUCGUUUUGAACCUGAGGGUCUUUGACGAUAUAUUUCAGGUAAUUUCUGGUUGGUAUAACCUGAUCCUGAAUGGCCAGUAAUGAACCCUCCGUUUCAGGGAACAUCUUUCCUGAUGUCAACCAAUAGUUCGACGCUGUAUUGUCGACAUAGUCUUGGCUGACCUCAUUGGGAUGUCGCCCGUGCAGAGGUUUACCCAUCCAGGCGCGCAGUUUUUCGUCCUUAGUAAGGUGGUUUAAGCGCAUUUCUGGUUCCCUCAGUUUGAUCGGUGUUGUGUCAUCUACUGCGCAAAUUGCGCGGUGUAGAGUAGAUGUCUCAGCCUGCAUCUGAAAAUAAGUUCUUAAAUUAGCAAUUUGUUUAUCUAAUUGCUCACCUAUAUCCAUAAGUCCUCUUCCUCCUAAAUACCGGGGUAAUGUCGUUCGUUCUACUGCACUUUUAGGGUGGUGUUUUUGUGCCUUUGUGAGGUGUGUUCGUACUUUACGCUGAAGAUUUUCUAUAUCCGUUUUUGUCCACUUAACAAUACCAAAUGAAUAGCUAAGCGCGGAACAAGCGUAGGUGUUUAGUGCCUUAAACAAAUUUUUACUGUUAAGCUGUGAACGAAGCAGCUGUUUUACCCUUCUUAUAAACUCAGUAGUUAUCUCAGUUUUCAUUUGCUUAUGGUCAAUUUUCCGCGCCUGCUUUACUCCAAGAUAUUUGUACAUAUCGUUGUCGCCCAUAGCCUCGAUGUUCUGGCCAUUUUGCAUAUCGAAUCCACCGGGCUGUACCUUUCCUCUGACUAUAUUCAAAACACGGCACUUGUCUAGACCGAACUGCAUACUAAUAUCAUUAGAGAAUGUUUCUACAGUUUUUAGCAUCUCUUCUAGGUGUUCUCGAGUGGAAGCCAUUAAUUUCAAAUCAUCCAUAUACAACAGAUGAUUGAGCUUCGCUACCACAGUAUUAUUGCUUUUAAUGCUAAAACCUGAGUCAGUGGAGUUUAAUAGCUGGGAAAGGGGGUUCAAAGCUAAACAGAACCACAAUGGACUCAACGAGUCUCCUUGAAAUAGGCCCCGGUUGAUUUCGAUAUUUUCGGUUUCGAUAUUGUUUUCACCAGGUAUUUGGAGGUGAAUUUUAGUCUUCCAAUCUCUCAUUAUAUGCCUUAAAAAGGUCACUAUGUUAUCAUCGACUUUGUAUAUUUUCAAUAUAUCUAUUAGCCAUUCAUGCGGUACUGAAUCAAAGGCCUUUUUAUAGUCAAUAAAAGCAGUAAAAAGGCUCCUUUUUUUAGUGAAUGCCUGGUUAGAAAUGACUGAGUCGAUGAUAAGCUGUUCUUUGCAACCCAUGGAACCCUUAGAGCAUCCUUUCUGUUGAGGCUCUAUGAUAUUGUUUAGAGCACAAUGUUGGUAGAUACGCCGGGUUACACAGGAUGUGACCAAUUUAUACAAAGUUGGAAGACAAGUAAUUGGGCGGUACUUGGAUGGAUCUUGGGUGUUAUUUUGAUCCUUGGGUAUUAAAUAAGUAGUUCCCUGAGUUAGAAAUGAUGGUAAUUCCUGCGGAUUAGAAAUAACAUGAUUAAUUAAUGUUGAUAAGCACUCAUGAAUACUCCAAAACUUUUUAAGCCAGAAGUUCUGAACUCCGUCUGGUCCAGGAGAUUUCCAGUUAUGAAGCUCUUUGAUGACAUUUGAGACUUCUUCAGUCGUGAAUGGUUCGUAGUUAGCAGUGACGUAGUGGUGACAGUUGUGGGUCGUAUCUUCUAUCCAACCAGCAUUGUUGUUAAAAACAGCCGGUGUGGAAAGUUGAUUUCCCCAAAACUCAUGAAUUUCUUCUUGGCUUGGGUAAGACUUGUCGACACUUUCUACGGUGGAAUUGAGUUUUCGGUAGAACGCCUUCUCAGAGUUCUCAAAAAGUGCAUUGUCACAUUUUCGGUUGUUACUAACUUUAUACCUUCUUAAUCGUCCUGAAUAGACGGAGAGUUUUUGUUUUAAUGUAUCCAGACACUGUUGGGCUGUGUUAUUUUCUGGAUCGUAUCUCGAGUGUCUUGCAGUGCUCCGCAUAAUUUCUUCAGCUCUCUUAAUGACCUUUCUACUUGUUACACCUCUUACAUAUUCUGUAACUUGACCAAUAUCCCUACGCAGUAAUUCAAUUUUUCCGAGAAGUCUUUUUUCCCAGGGUGCAGUUCUGUUACCAGUCCUUCCGUUAUUAGUACCCCGUCGUGUUCUGAUCUUAACGCCCAUUACAUUAGCAAUUGCUGUUGCUGCACAGUAGAUUAGCAUAUGCAGAUAUUCCAGUGUGUGGGCUUCUACGACAUGAUUGGGUAGGACUUCAGUGUUCACAAUUUGUAACAGCGCACCUAGUUUCUUACAAGAGUUUAUUCGUGGUAGCGGUGGUCUGCUAAGUGGAUUUGUUCCAUUAAACUCUUGUACGGCACGAGCCAUUUCGUUUGCUAGACUAUCGCGCAACUCGUUGUUUUCCUGCUGUGUAUUGUCAGGUAGAGUUUCUGGUAUGGGAAUCUCAGGGAUCUGCUCAUCAAGGAUUUCAUUAGGGACCUGAUCUAAAACUAGCCCUUGAUUGUUAAUCUCCCGUUCGACUUCGCUUUUGAUCGUAUUGCGUCUAGCCUCUGGGAUAAGGUUGUUUCUUAUGAUUACCCGGUAUUGAUCUGAUACUCUUUGCUCCGAUACUUGAAUAUCUGGGUACUCCCUGCAAAAUUCGGCAUACAGCUGUUGUCUGUAGCCGAUCGUUUCUUGACCGAAGUUUGUCACCUUAUAAUAGGAGCGCAAAAUGCUUUCGUUAAUGGACACAGUCCAUUUCAUGCGCUGCCUCGGUCGUCCCGCUUGAGUGAGCGCCGGCUGAUGUUCCAGCGCAGCACCUUCAGCGGGUGGAGCUCUUGCUGUUGUUUGGCUCGCUUGUGGUUGUUGUUGUUGUUGGGCUGUAGCUGAUUGUAUGACAGGGGCCCGCCUCCUCAACACCCUGCCACCGACGUCCCGCAUGCUGUCACGUCCAGCGCCGGCUCCAGACGUGCCCUGGCGAUCCCCAGGCAGCGAUCCUAAACAUAAAUUACUAUUCUCCAUUCUCAUGGGUGUGCAUUUUAUACCUACUGCCAGGUGUCAGUUUUUGUUCCACGGCAAGUAUCCCUGCUACUCUCUGGGUACUGGCGCUACGAAUACCCAGAAAGCAUCCCCCAUUCGCAGGGGGCCGCGCCUGAUAGAAGAACUGACAAAAAACUCCCACAGGCUUUGAUUAUUAUUAUUAUUAUAUUAUUAUUAGAUCAAUCUAAGAAUUCAUGUGUUAAUUUGGUUUUCGCAUUUCGCUUUAACGACUUUCUUCCUCUUCCUUCUCCCCCUCUUCCUCAGUCGUAAUCCCGAUGAUAGUGACACCAUCAAAUUUUUAUAAUUUUUUUCAAAUCACCUUCUAUCCUUCUUUCUAGUGGGCUAGCUGUUCGGCUUCGUGUAAUCCUCGGUUUAAUCAGAAUUUUUGUUUGAUCUGCCAAACGGCUUGGAGAUCUUCCUUUAGAUAUUUUUCUUUCAAUUCUGCCCUCUAUUAUCAGUUUUUUCAUCGUACCUGUUCUUCUGACAAUGUGUCCAAAGUACUGCAAAUAUCUCUGUUGUAUUUGUUUCAGCAAUCUAUCUUUUUACUAGACUCGUUCUAGUAUUGAUACAUUUGUUCUAUGUUCAACCCAGGAUACUCUUAACAUGCGACCGUGUGGAUACGUCUUAAAAGUCUAUUUUAUUUGCAUCUGCUUUUUUCAUGUUCCACGUUCUGGAUGCAUACAUGGCUAUAGAAAACAAUAGUGCUCCUAAAAACCUUAAUUUUCUCUGUACUAUUUUGAUCGAGUUUGUCCAAAUUGUUACGUUGCAUCAUAUCUGCUCUUGCAAUAGUAAGCUUUCUACAUAUCUCCCCAUCGCAUUCUCCUUUGUGUGUUAUGAGACACCCCAGAUAUUAGUGAUGUUGAUUAUAGUUACUUUCGAGUAUUCGUUAUAAAUCGUUACUUUUGUAUAAAGUAAUCAUUUAAAGUAUUCGUUACUUUGAUUACUUUUGUAUUUGAGUACCGGUAAUCAUAUCGAGAAUCGCAUUUCUCAGUACAUAUUUUGUAUUAGUACUAGUAGGAUAAUUUGAUUACCUACUAUGGUUACUCUUGUAUUUGAGUACCAGUAAUCAUAUCGAGAAUCGUAUUUCUCAGUAUUUUGUAUAAGUAUAAGAUCCGAUAUAAAAACCUUCACCGAUCUAUUUAAUGGAUAGAAAUUAAAUGAUAUGUAAUUGCUCUGUCAUUGCUGCUCCACAAUAUCAGUCUUCUUCUUCUUAAAGUUCCAUCUCCUAUCGGAGGUUGGAUAUCAUAAUGGCUAUGGUCACUUUGUUGGCUGCUGCCCUGAACAGUUGUAAUGAACUACAGUUAAACCAUUCUCUAAGGUUCCUCAGCCAGGAGAUGCGUCUUCUUCCUAUGCCUCUUCUUCCUUGCAUAAUAUCAGUAAUCUCGAGUAACCUUUUUCCAUCAAUUAAGUGCCAAAAACAAACCCUCGAAACUCUAGAUGACGUACCUUAGCAAUAACCCUGGGCACCCAGGUGCUUCGGAGGUCGGUUCUGAUUGCAAAUUCGUGUUCAGUGACCCUAAAUACCCCGAAAUAAGAAAAUCUGUCCCUUAAAAUACUGAUUUUAACAUGUUUAUGCAUUUUUCGAUGCGUUUUUUCGACCGAAGCUUUUCACCUCGCAAUUUUUACAGAAUGGAUCGAUUUGCCUGAAAAUUUAAGAAUAAGUAAUGGAUAGUCCAAGGAUCAAAAUCUAUAUGAUGCCGAAAGGCGCUUUUACCAUGGGGGUGGUUGCCACCCCAUCUCGGGGGUGGAAAUUUUUUAUUAUAUUUUGACCAAAAAAGUUGAUAAAAACAUCAAUUCUAAGCAAAAAAUGUUCUAUACAUUUUUUUGAUAAAAUUAAUUGUCUUCGAUUUAUUCGCUAUCGAAAGUGUUAGUUUUGUAUAGAAAAAAAUCAACGUUUUUCGAUAUAGAUACUCAUUUACGAUUCACUCAAUUUUUGCCGUAGAAAAAUUUUUUCAAACCAGGUUCUUAGGAAUUAAAUAACCUACAAUUUUAUAUAGAAACAUUUUUUCGUAUCUCUGAUGCAAAUCUUUCUAUUCUGAAGAAAAUUGCAUUUUUUACCAAACUACAAAAAUUUGUUAUUCGCUUUUAUUUCCAGUUUUUUUAAAACUAAUCAUUCUAAGCCCGUCAAACUUCUAGAAUCUAUUAAUAAUACAUAAAUAAAUAAGAAUGAAUAAGGCCAAUGACCAAAAACACCGCUAACUUACAUUACUAUGCUUCCAAUUUAAUUUCUUUUUUUUUCAAAAAAAAUAUAUUGAUUUUUUAACCGUAACUUUUUUAUUUUUCAUCCUAGAAAGUUGUUUAAAAAUAAGUUUGUAGAUUUUUACAAGAUCUGUAAGCUUAUUGAUAUUAAAUCUUUUUAAAAUCUUCAGUGGCAAAAAGAGGUGACUUUGAAAGGAUUGGUAAAGGUGGUUUUUUCAUGUUAUUACAAGUUUUAAUUGUCAAUAGCUCACUCAAUUUUUGUUAUAGAUAAAAUGUUUGCAAACCAGUUUCUUGGGAAUUAAAUCAGCUACAAUUUCAUAUUUAAACAUUUUUUCGUAUCUCUGAUGCUAAUCUUGGUAUUCUGAAGAAAAGCCCAUUUUUUUCCAAACUACAAAAAUUCGUUAUUCACUUUUAACACCAUUUUUUUAAAACUAAUCAUUCUAAGCCGGUCAAACUUCUAGAACCUAUUAAUAAUACAUAAAUAAAAAAGACUAAAUAAGGUCAAUGACUAAUUUUAAUUAGGGUGGUGAUUGGGGGGUUGCUUGCUAUCACUUUUUCGCUGAAAAAAAUAGGGACUGACAUUCUUUUCAUUAUAAGUCACUUAAUUUUUGAGCCAGAGCCUUUUUUUUAUUACUGGAAAUAGAUAUUACUAAGUACUUUAAAUUUGUCUGAAUAAGUUGUCCUUGAAAAAUGCAUAGUUUUCCCGUCUUUUGACUUUGAAACUACCAUAUUUAGCAUUGGACGAAGAAGAGCCAACAUAUAAUAAAGUAUAGUUCGGUUACUAUUAGUCUUAAAGAAAAUUUAAAAAAACGGUUUUGUUUAUUUUUUCAAAAGGUACAUUUUUGUUAAGCAAAGUUGUUUAGAUAAAACGAAAACUUUGGGAGUUAUUAGCAGAAGACUUAUUAAAAACAUUGAUUUUUUCGAUAAAAAACUAACACUUUCGAAAGCGAAUAAAUCGAAAACUAUCAAUUUUAUCAAAAAAAUGUAUAGAACGUUUUUUGCUUAGAAUGAACGUUUUCACCAAUUUUUGCGAUUAAAAUAUAAUAAAAAAUUUCCACCCCUGAGAUGGGGUGGUAACCACCCCCAUGGUAAAAGCGCCUUUCGGCAUGAUAUAGAUUUUGAUCCUUGGACUAUCCACUACUUAUUCUCAAAUUUUCAAGCAAAUCGAUCCAUUCUGUAAAAAUUGCGAGGUUUUGUCCUAUUUUAAGCUUCAUUACUUGGACUAAGUACUUUGUAACGAAUAGUCACUUUUUCAACAUCACUACCAGAUAUACGAAGCUAUUUACCAUUUCGAAGCCCCCAAUCCCUGUAUGAAAAUUGUUCUGUACUCUGUCUACUAUCUUGAUUUGUUGUCUUACUCCUAUUUAGCUGUAACCCAUAAUCUUUGUUUUUCUCCUCCAGACGUCUCAUUCUGUUUUCCAUUUCUUAUUGUUUUAUUCUUCUUACAUUACUGCAAAACAUCAAUGAGAUAUUGUAAAUUGAUUGAUUUUGUGUCUUUACCAUCAUAAAUUGUACUGGAUUAUGAUUUUCAGUUUUGUCCAGGACAUUUAUGCAGUGUUUCGGACGUUUCUUUUUUUACUCGUUUCUAACAGUAUUUAAUAAUGUGUAGUUAAUUUAUCAUACCAAAGGAAAAUAAAUAAUUGCUUACCUCAUCAAGGAUGAAUUUAGCUAAUUGAACUAACAACAAGAUAAGGGUAGUGUUGUGUAAAUAAAACCAUGCGAAAGUUUUUGAAGUAUUCUUUGCUUUUGUAUGAAUCAUACUAAUAAACGUACUUUAGGUAUUAAGUAGUUUUUUUAUAUUAAUAAAGCAAAUAUUUUUCAUUAACUUUUUGUCUUACUCAACUUUUAAGACUGUUUAAGCAACUAAAGAAUUACAGACAAAUUUAGAUCUGGCUGGCCAGAUCUAAUAAACCAAUAUCUAAAUUUCACCCAAAUUACUGUACUGUACUUGUCUAACUUCUUCCCAGCUUAUUUUCUGAACUUCGGGAAAAAGUUAAUUGUAACAUGGCGGAUAGACAUCAUUUUGUAAGAUAAUUGUAAUUUUAAAUAUCGCUGGUCCGGAAGAAGAAUGACGUAUCUGCAAGUUUUGUCAAUUCCUGUUUAUUGCGUAAUUAACUUCUAAAAUGCUGUGUACAGAUGAUACAAAAACGACAGAACUGUAACUAUGUUCUGAUCCACUACAGGGUAGUUGCGUCGUUAUUGAAAUACGCGCUGUUUUAGACCUUGUUUCACAAUGGCGCAGCUGUAGAUAGGGUUGAAAAUGGGGCGAUUAAAUCAAGAUAAUAAAAUUCGAACCAGUAGUGAUGAUAAUAAAGGCCAUCGUUGUAAGAAUAACCGCCAUACUAAAUAUUUAAAAAUGGUUUUUUGGUACAGAAAAAUUUUAAGAUAAAGCAUGACGCAACUGUAGAAAAGGAUUAAAUUAAGAUAAUGAAAUUUGAACCAAUAGGGAUGAAAAUAAAAGCCAUUAAUGUCAUACCGAUCCUUCUGGGCGAUUCUUCUUCUUCUUCAGCAUGUUUGUAUCCACUCCUGGACAAAGGCCAUGAAGAAUGAAUGACGCAACUGUAGAGAGAGUUGAAAAUGGGGGAAUUAAAUUAAGAUAAUGAGAUUCGAACCAAUAGGGAGGAAAAUAAAAACUAUCGUAAGAAUAAAUGCCAUACCGAUGCUCCUGGACGAUUAUUGUUCAUUUAAUCCCUAUUUUAAAUACCGCACCCUCAGUGCAAGACUACAGUAACUCAAAAUUUUAUGAAAAUGAAGUAAUCAUGGAAUUCGAUUGAAAACAUGCAUAUCUAUCCCCUGUAAAACUUUAGUAACUUUCAAAUGCUUAAUGGGCUAAAUAUUACAACAACAACAGUUUCACUAUUUUGCGUUUUUGAACAUAAGUUCCGUGCAAAACUGUUGUAACUCUAAUGUAAUAGAGUUACAACAGUUUUGCACGGAACAUUGCAACGGAUUCGAUAACAAGCAAUGAAAAAAGUAAGAUAUUUGUUAUUUUAAUAUCUAUAUCUGUGGUGUUUAAUUUUAAUAUACAGCGCGUCUACGUAAUCCAUUAACGGCUGAGACAAUAAACAAAGAUUUUCUAAUAAAUUUUAAAUUUCUAAUAAAUUCUAAAUAAUUCAUGUAAAUUUUAUGUCCUUUGUGUGAUAUUAUAUUUAUUUUCCAUAAGAUGUUUGCGAUGUCGUUCGACCAUUUAUUUGUUAGAUUGGAUUAAAACCACAUAAAUUAAGACUAAUUAUUUACGACCAAAAAGUAUUUUUUCUCAUGAAAGGAAAAACAGUUAUCUUAAAACUUGUGUAUUGACAAUACUGAGAGGUCAAAAAUAUCUAUUCUCAGAAAACUUGCCAAAGAACAGCAAAAAAUUCAAAUGGCCAAAAAGAAAGAUUUGGUAUACUUAUGCCAUUCGGGUAUGAUACCAGAAGCCCACCAUAGUUUUUAUAAAAAUAUUUUGGCACCAGAUGAUGUACGAGAAGGGGACAACAACUACGGUAAAACCUGUCAGCAACGGCCACUAAAAAUGAAAGAACUCUUGGCCGAUAUAGAAAGGUGGCCGGUAUUGCCAGUUUUUGUAGUCUAGAUAUACAUAAUUGGUUUGGGGAAUUUUUAAACUGGCCGUUAGUACAGGUGGCCGUUGGUGGCAGGUGGCCGGUAACACAGGUUUUACUGUAAAAGUAAAUGUGUCUACACUUUUUACAAUUUUCUCCGUGCAAAACUGUUGUAACUUUGAAAUUCUAAUACUAAAUGUGUAGUGAUUAACAAUUUUUUCCGUGCAAAAGUGUUGUAACUUUGAAAUUCCUAAUUUUUUUUGCAUUAAUAUUAUUUUAUUUAAAUUUAUAUUUUUGGUUAAUGUAAUAUAGGCUGAAAAGCAUGCAAAAUCUUAAUCAAAUGUUCAUUUUUCUUAAAACUUGUGUCUUAUUUCACCGAUAUUAGCACGAAAAUAAACAAAAUCGUCUUUAUCUCGAAACUUACUUAUUUUGACUUACUGCAGUCUUGCAUUGAGGGUGCGAUAUUUAACCGCUUAACGCACACAUUUAUUUGCAAAAAUACGUCAAAAAAUUAACUAUUUAUUUUAUUACAGUAAAAUAAACUACGUACAAGACUAUUGUCACUAGAUAUAAUCUAAAGUAAAAAAGAAUAUUUUAUUAGAAAUAUAUAAAAUAACAAAUACCCUCAUGCGCUCACCCGAGUUAACUCGGUCGUAACUUUUUACAUACAAAAUACUACAAGUAAGAGAAGAAAAUCGCAAUUAUUCAAGUAUAAUACUGUUAAAUAUUGCUAACAGUGUAAUACACUCUAAAACAAGGGGUUACACACAGGUACGUCACAGUCAGGGCAGAACGUGACGUCAGCAAAAUAGAAUUCUACUCAUCGUGAUCCCACCCCAGUCGGCAGUCGAUCGUAGAAAGUUUAAAAUUAGAAACGAGAAAACAAGAGGGACGGGCGCCCAUAUAAAAAUUUUUAGGGGAGGCCAGACGUGAAGAUGUUGCAGAUUACAUUUCGUAUACUUUUGAUAACCAUAUAUAGUUUAACCCUGCUGUCCUGUUCGGGUCUAUUUGACCCAAAAAAUAAUUUAUUUCUUAUUUUACAAAUUAUUACGCGGCGGAACGAUUUGGUGUUUCGUGACUUUAUUACCUAAUAUGAAGUCUUUCAAUUGCAUGUGAGAUAAACAUUCAACUUCCUGAUUUUUUUGAUAAAAAUGAAAUUGUUACCUAGGGUACGUUCGGGUCAAUGUGACCCGCGUAUUUAAACCGUUAAAAAUUACCUGUGUAUGUGUGUUUAGGUGGCAGUAUUCUAUAUUAGCAGUACCUGUGUGUUUGUCAGCCGGAUACGUCUGUAAAUAAACACAGGUUUCUGCAAGCUAAAACUUGUAAAAUAAACUGUAGUAGUAUAGCUGGACGAUGUUGCAAACCAAAUUAUAAAUAUGACCAACAUGGACGGACAGCAUGUAUUUGGAACCAACUGGAAAGACAUGAAUAAAGUUGGUUUCCAAGCAUACAUUGGUCUUUUAUUUUUAGCUCGAGUUUAUAAGUCGCAUGGUGAAUCAACUAAAAGUUUAUGGAAUAAAGAAACGGGUCGUACUAUAUUUCGAUCAACAAUGUCGCUUGAUAUAUUUACAAAAAGUUUGCAAGUAAUACGUUUUGAUAACAAAACUACUAGACAGGAUAGAAGACGUUUUAAUAAACUUGCGGCAAUAUGUGAAAUUUAUGAAACAUGGGUAGAAAAUGUAAAAAGAAAUUUUAACCCUGAUGAAAAUGUUACCGUCGAUAAGCAACUAAAUGCCUUUACAGGCCGCUCUCCCUUCAAAUGGUACAUUUCAGCAAGCCAGCUAAAUAUGGCACAUAACUUUGGGGUUUAUGUAAUUAUGAACAUUAAAACUUCUUAUGCUCUAAAAUUGCAGAUCUAUACAGAAAUGCGUGUGAUGUGUGACUUGAGUAGUGAUCUGGAAUGCCACAAUAUUACGUGUAUAACUUUUUUACAUUGUAAAAUUUAGGACAAUUUCUCCUAAAACAAAAUAUGUAGAUACAAUACCGGGGAUUAUAAGUAAAAUAAACCGGAGCUUUCAGCAAAAAUCGCGAAUAAAGAAGUUCAUAGCUCGACUUUUUUGCUUCAUGCAAGAUUUGACAAUAUUCCCAAAAAUAAUAAAAAUGUUGUUCUUAUGAGUACUUUGCAUCAUGAAUCGAUGCAUCAUGCAUCACUUUCAUCAAAUGAAAAAGCCCCAAAUUAUUUUAGAUUACAAUUCAAAUAAGGGAGCAGUGGAUACUCUAUAAUUAGCUUGUUGGCACGUAUACAUGUGAGAAGAGAUAAAUCGCUGGCCAAUGAUUGUUUUUUAUAAUCUACUGGACAUUUCUGCCUACAACGCGUUCGUGUUAUGGGCAUCAAUAAAUAUCCAAUGGAAUACCAAUCAAUUGGGAAAACGGCGAAUUUUUCUUGAUGAAUUGGGAAAAAACUAAUGAAUCCAGUCAUCAUUUCCAGAAAAAAUAUACCGAUAAUUAAAGGCUCUUACGAACUGGUAAAAAGGACACGAGCAGGAACAAGUAGACAAGAUGGAAAUGCUAGUGAACCGUCUAUUAAAUCUAACUCCGCCUGCUAAACGAACACGCUGUAAACUUGCCGUAAAAACGAUAACAAGACUAAUUAUUAUGUUGUAUUAUAUCACAAACAUAUUUGUAAAAUCCAUUCUUUUUAUUACUGUCCCAGUUGUAAACUGAAUUAAAUUUUUGUAGAUAUUUGUUACUAGGAUUUUUUGAAAGAAAAAAUGCCUUUUGUUUUUUUUAAUAAGGUUUAAUUUACAUUAACAACAUAAUUUUUGUUUAAUUAACCAUAAUUUCUUGUUAAUAAAGUUUUAUUUAUCACCAUUAGCUUAUUUUAUUUCGAUUAAGGAGCGUAAACCAUAGUUGGGUCAUAUUGACCCGAACAGUACAUUUGUGUAGUUGACUCGAACGGGACAGCAGGGUUAAAGCACCCGAAAAGCUAGGGGGGGCACGGCCCCCCUGCCCAUAGGUGCGGGUGCCCAUGCAAGUGGGGAUACCGUUAUUUAGCGCUAGAGGAGUUAAAACGCGUAGGCGCCUUAUAUAUCGUACAAAUAUUUUAAACACGAGUUAACUCGGUUAAGCGAAAAUAGAAACGUAGUUUAAAACCGAGUUACCUCGGGUAAGCACGUUAAGCGGUUAAAAAUCGUUUUUCUGCUCUCCUGAAGAAAUUUGCUUUUUGCAGUUACAUCAUUCUUCCGGACCGGCGAUAUGAUCAUAUGGCAACUAGUAUCUCGCACCUUUCAAGUUCUUUACAAAGACACCUACACCUAUACAGCUGAACUAAGUUUCAUGUUCGGUUUGUGAUGAAAAAGUAAGUUUUUUUUACUGAAAAAUGAGACAUUAUAUUCAAAAAUACUGAAAAAAAGUCUAGAAAAUAUGAUGCGCCAAUUGUUUAACGAUGGUAUUUGAAAUGUAUUUCGAGGUUUUUGGAUUGAAACUCAUAAUUGUGUAGGUCUCGCUGAAAAUAACUUAAGGGGGAAGUCUACUUUGACAAGGGAAAAAACAGGCCGAUUUUCCGGAUUUUUUUCCAACAAAAUAUGACUCGUACAUUAAAUUACUUUAAACCGCCAUCUUUAUUAUAUAUUCAAGUACAGUGGAACCCCGAUAAGUCGGCCCCCGAUAACCUGGAGUUCCGGCUAACCCGGACCGAUUUUCGUCAGACAUUUCAACAAUAAAAAUGUAUGUAAUAUAAUAUUUGAGAGAUAAUGUGUGUUUGUGUAAUUUGAACUAUACGAUAGUAAAAAUGACUCAUGGCACACGGCGCCGGCAGCAGAGCGACGUUAUUAUCGGAAACAACAAGCACCUGUUAUUCCUUAUUUAUUUCCAACUGUCUUAGCAUUAUUUAAAAAAGACUAUUUAAAAAAAGACUAGACUAUUUAAAAAAUUCUUUUUUAAACAAUGGUCUUAUGUUUUCACUGUUCUUAAAUAACAUAACAUCCUUCCGAUUGUGACUGUAUUGUGUGUAGUACAGCCUUGUAUUGUUCGCUUCCGUUUGCUUAGGUUUGUGUUUGUGUGUUUUUAGUAAUUUAGAUGUGUAGGUACUGUGCAUAUAUUUCAUGGUAUUUCAAUUAUAACGGAGUUUAUCUGUAAGUAUACCGUAUUUUAUUAAUUUUUACCAUAUUCUCCGGCUAACCCGGAUUUUCGAUAACCCGGAUUAGCCGCGGUCCCGAUUAAUCCGAGUUAUCGAGGUUCCACUGUAUUUGUAAAAAAAAUUCAAGUCGAAAUAUUCAAAAUUGCCAUCGUGACACUCCUUCAAGCGCAGGUCCGUUUUUUAGGUGCCCAAACGAUGUACAGCUGGUUCCUAAAAAAACUGAUACGACUCUUAGUAAGAUUUGAUCAUUUUGAGCAGUGUAUGAUUGGUCUGACAUUAUAUUAUAUUUAUUAUGACGGACAAAUAAUAAAAUAAACAAACAAACAGCCAUUUUUUGAGGUUGAAGUUAUCUGACAAAUUUAAGAUUUGGCAGUAACAGUGACAGUAUGUAAAUAAUAAGUAUUUAUUCUUCAGAAUAUAAUAAAUUAAAUAUAAUUAAACUCAUAUUCAUUAUAUCACACCUCAUCAAAAGCUUUUUACAAGAAGAUAGUCAGCGAUUUUGAUAUGGCUUAGAGCCAGACUACAUCAAGAUCGCCUAUAAAUCGUGCUGGUAAUUGCAUUGCAGCGAGACCAAAAACAAAAAGAAGAAGAAGACGAAAGUACACUGCUCAAUUUUCUACAAAAUACGCUUUAAGAGUCGUAUCAGUUUUUUUUGGAACCAGCUGUACAUGAAAUCUCACGUCUGGGUGAUCUGAAACAAAAAACAAAAUAUGGUUAUCAUCUACAUUGUAUUGACUCUCGUCUGACGGAGAAUUUUUUUGAUAUCGUUUUUUGUUUAAUUGUUAUGUACAAUAAUAACAUAAAAUUUGGGCAAAAAAAUAGAAAAAAAUUUCAAGAAUUUUUUUUUCGGCGUCAAAAUUUUUAAUCGACAAAAUCAUCCUCCGUCAGACGAGAGUCAAUACUAUGUAGAUGAUAACCAUAUUUUGUUUUUUGUUUCAGAUCACCCAGACGUGAGAUUUCAUGUACACCGUUUGGGCACCUAAAAAAACGGAUCUGCGCUUGAAGGAGUGCCACGACGGCAAUUUUGAAUAUUUCGACUUGAAAUUUUUUUUACAAAUACUUGAAUGUAUAAUAAAGCUGACGGUUUAAUUUAAUUUAAUGUACGAGUCAUAUUUUGUUAGAAAAAAAAUCCGGAAAAUCGGCCUGUUUUUCCCUUGUCACAGUAGACUUCCCCCUUAACAUAUAUGCUUUCAAUAAAUGGAAUAUUACUUGUCAUAUCCCAAAUAAAAUUAUCUUACAAAAUACGUUCACUUACCAUUUUCAGUGGUUACGUAGCUGAAACGUCAUAAAGACAAUGAGCAAAUACCUUAGUUCAUCAGUUAUCGAGAAAUUUAUUAAAUAAAGAGAAGGAGAAGACUUUACACGUACUAUUAUUGUAUACGUUCAAGUAUUGUGUUAAUUAAUAGCUUUAUAAUAUUUAGCAUAGUGCAAUGGUUCGUUGUUUAAAUUUAAUAUUUAGGAGCGAACAAACAUUGCAGGUUCUUUUGUUUAAAUAUGUUUGAUCUUAUAUUUGUUGGUUGUACCUGUCAGUGCAAAUUGUGUAUAGAUUUGUAAUUUUUUUUUCGAAAUUUGUAAUAUUCGAAAAAUUUAGCAUGUAUGUGCGUGAAAUAUGAUUAGGUAUGUGAAAUCAGAAGAAGUAAAAGUAUUUGAAAUAAGCGUUUUCGAUGAUGAAAAUAUUCGUCAUUGUACUUUAUAUACUCUUAUCCAUUUAACACAAUAUUUUUCCUUUUUUUAUAUAUCAUCAAGUUAUUGUGAUAAUUUUUUAAUAUUUUGUGACGUAGAACUUACAUAUUUUAGUAAUUUUAUUUUUAAAUCAGUGAUUUAAAAUAACUGUUGUUUAAAAUCACACGCUUCUCAGACAAGUAUUAAGAAAGUCUCGUUUUUGUAUCGAUAGUUAUUUCACGGCUCUUCUAAAUUUUUGUUAAUUUGGCACCAGAGUUUUUUGCAUUUUCUGACCGGCGCUUUAUUUCUUCAGUACAUCCCCCUUGUUAGUUACUCCAUCUGGGCUAGAGCCAGAUAUAAAAAUUUAACUACAACAGCGAUGUUGUUUAUCGCCGUUAGAUUGUUGUUAGCUCUGUCAAUGUUAUUAUCAAUUUUCUCGUUUUGUCUCUUAUUUUAUCUUAUUUUAAGAACCAUUGUAGACGAAGAGGCAGCGCUGAAAAAUCUCUUUGAAUUUACUAAAGCUAAAUUUUUCAUAGUUGAUUACUGUGAUUGUGUAGAGAAACAUACUGCGGUCGGUCAAGCGAAACGUAGAACAGGGGUUACUGAGAGGGUAUCAAAGUUGCUUUCCUUCGAAGGUAAUUAAAUCCAUUUACUAAGGCUGAAAAUCAGUACACACGUUCUAAAUUAAAUAUAACUAAAAGUUAUUAUAGUCGGUCAGCUGUAUGACGGGACAGAGCCGGUCGAUCGGCCCCAAUGAAUGUACAGGGUUAUUCACUAUAUUUUGAACCCCGUGUAAACUGCUUUAUUUACAGAAUUAGAAAAAAAUGUAAAAUACAAAAGUUAUUCGAUUUUUAAUUAUGAUUUUCUGACAUAUAUAUCGUACUAGUGACGUCAUCCAUCUGGGCGUGAUGACGUAAUCGACUAUUUUUUUAAAUGAGAAUAGGGGUCGUGUUCUAGCUCAUUUCAAAGGUUAUUCAAUUCUCUAUAAUAUAGUACUACAGUAAAACCUGUGUUACGGCCACCUGAACUAGCCGGCCAGUCUCAAAGUUCCUCAAACCAAAAUUUGUGGACUACAAAAACUGGUAUUAGCGGUCACCUUUUUAUAUCGGCCAAUAUUUCUGUCAUUUUUAGUGACCGUUAUUGACAGGUUUUACUGUAUAAACAUUAAGAUUAUUAUUUAUACAGGGUGUCCAAAUUUUUUUUGAAUUAUUAAUUAAACAAUUAAUUUAAUUAAAUUUUUUUUUGAUACUCUGUAUAAUUAAUCAUGUUAAUGUUUAUAUUACUGAAUAGGGAAUUUAAUAACCUUUCAAAUGAGCUAGCAAUCGACCCCUAUUCCCAUUUAAAAAAAUUAGUCGAUUACGUCAUCACGCCCAAAUGGAUGACGUCACUAGUACGAUAUAUAUGUCAAAAAAUCAUAAUUAAAAAUCGGAUAACUUUUGUAUUUUACAUUUUUUUCUAAUUCUGUAAAUAAAGCAGUUUACAAGGGGGUCAAAAUAUAAUGAAUAACCCUGUACAUUCACUGGGGCCGACCGACCGGCUCUCUCCCGUCAUACAGCUGACCGACUAUAAUAACUUUUAUUUAUAUUUAAUUUAGAAUGUGCCUGUGUACUGAUUUUCAGCCCUAGUAAAUGGACUUAAUUACCUUCGUAGGAAAGCAACUUUGAUACCCUUUCAGUAACCCCUGUUCUACGUUUCGCUUGACCGACCGCAGUAUGUUUCUCUACACAAUCACAGUAAUCAACUGUGAAAAAUCUAGCUUUAGUAAAUUUAAAGAGAUUUUUCAGCGCUGCCUCUUGGACUAUUGUAGCAGUAAUCAGAUCAACCUCGGAACUAGCGAGGAUGGUUGUAUCAUCCUUAUUUCUUAAGUUGCAAAUCUUCUUCCCUUCGAUAGUGACGCCACCAUUCCAGUCCUUUGUAACUAUCCACAUUAUACGUUCACCAUACAUGUUGAAUAGAAUUUAGCAUAAUAUGCAGCUGAGACUUGCCUCGCGCUCUUAUAGCUCUGAAACUUUCGGUUAGUUCCCAAUGUCGAAAGCUUUAAUAUAAUCUAUGAAGCACAGAUAUGUUGAGAUGUUGAAUUCUCUGGAUUUUUCUAUAAUUUGUCGUAGUAAAAUUUGUUCCAUAGUAGUCCCAUUCGUCCGGGGACGAAAUCUGCUUGUUGCUCCGCAAUUUCAGGAAGUAAAAAGAGCUUUAUCCUCUCUAGAAUUAUUAUGUGUUUUUCUUCUUCUUCAGGUGCCAUCUCCGCUACGGAGGUUGACAAUCAUCAUAGCUAUUUUAAUUUUUGAGGCAGUAGCUCUAAAUAGUUGUUUUGAGCUGCAUCCAAACCAUUCUCUCAGGUUCUUCAGCCAUGAAAUUCGUCUUCUUCCGAUGCUUCUUCUGCCAUCUAUCUUUCCUUGCAUUAUGACUCGCAGGAUGCCAUACUUCUCGCUCCGCAUCACAUGUCCGAGAUACUGUAGCUUUCUUUCUUUAAUUGUAAGUUCAACUUCCUUCUCUUUACCUAUUCUUCUCAGUAUUUCAUUGUUCGUAACUGUGUCUACCCAGGAAACCCUCAUAAUUCUUCUAUAGGUCCACAUUUCAAAGGCGUUAAGUCGUCUCGUUGUCUCUACAUUUAACGUCCAUGAUUCCACUCCAUAGUAUAGUACACUGUAUACGUAACAUUUUGUUAGGCGUACUUUAAGAGCUAAUGUUAAAUCUUUGCUACAUAGGACCUUUUUCAUUUUCAUAAAAUUAGAAAGUGCUUUUUCGAUUCUGACUUUGAUUUCUGCAGUGUAGUCAUUAUUUUCUGUUAUAAGUGUUCCGAGGUAAGUGUACUUUUUUACUCUUUCGAUCUGCUGGCCCUCUACUAUCAAGAUUUCGUUAUUAUUAUGGUUGUUUUUACAAAUUUUCAUAAACUUCGUCUUUUUGAUAUUGAGAGAGAGUCCGUACUCCCUACUACACCUUACUAUUUUACUCAUGAGUCUUUGCAGGUCUUGUAAACUAUCGGCUAUUAUUACUGUAUCAUCUGCAUAUCUGAUGUUGUUAACUAAGACUCCAUUUACUCUUAUGCCGACUGUUUCAUCUUCCAGAGUUUCUCGCAUUACCUCUUCAGAAUAAGCGUUAAAUAAUAGAGGUGAUAGUAUGCAGCCUUGCCGGACUCCUCUCUUUAUUUCCAUUUCUUCAGAUGUUUCUUUUUCAAUUCUUACUAUUGCUCGCUGAUUGUAAUAGAGGUGUGUUAUUAGUCAAGUCUCUUUCAUCUAUGUUUUUAGUUUUCGGUAAAGAGGACGGUUAACAUCCAAACAUCUCUGUGUAAGCACGUUGAAGGAGAAUAAUGCCUCUCUGGUACCCAUACCAUUGCGGAACCCUUAUUGAGUGUCACUAAUAUCUAGCUCCAGGUUAGAGUGUAUUCUGGCGUGGAUAAUUUUCAGCAGAAUUUUCAAGGUAUGUGACAUUAAGCUUAUGGUUCGGUAGUCACUGCAUUCUUUGGCAUUCACUUUCUUUGGCAAACACACAAAUGCUGAUGUCAACAUUUCUCUAGGGAUGAUUCCCGUAGUAUAGAUAGCGUUGAAUAGUUCUACUAUUAUGUCCAGGUUUUUCUCGUUGACCAACUUUAUCAGCUCGCUAGGUAAUUCAUCUGGACCAGCAGAUUUAUUGGUUUUCAUAGAGUCUAUUGCCUGGCUAACCUCUGAUUUGGUUAUCUCUGGGCCCACAUCUCCGGUUUGGCUAUCUACGGAUGUACUAGCUUCUCUCUGGUCAUGAAAUAGUUCCUCUAUGUAUUCUUUCCAUCGUUGUAGUUUUCGUUCUGUCUCCAUUAUAAUAUUUCCAUUUUUGUCGAGCAAUAUAUUUGAGGUUUUCUAUUUCCUAUUCCGGCUAAUUCUUUGACUUUUUUAUGUAGAUUGAAGUUGUCAUAUCUGUUUUGCAGUUCUUAUAUUUCUUUACAUUUUUCAGAGAAGUAAGUUUCUUUAGCCUCCCUAAUUUUUCUUCUUAUUUGGUUUUGAAGCUGUUUAUAGCUGGUCUUAUUGAUGGUUUUGUUUUUUCUUUUUUCAUUCAUCAUCUCUAGAAUUUCCUCAGUCAUCCAUUCUUCUUUCUUACAUUUGGUUGUUGUAAGUACUUUCUUACUUGGCUCUAAUAUAUAGGUUUUGAAGAAUUGCCACUGCUGUUCUACGUUGCAAUUAUUUCCUGGGUUUCUGUCUAGAUUUGUGUUGAUUUCGUGUUUCAGAUUUUCUUUUGUUUCUUCUGACUUUAGUUUCUGUAUGUUAAGUUUAUUGUUGUUGCGGCUUUUUUGCGUCUUUUUAGUUGAAGUUGAAACCUAGCAAUACGAAGACUGUGAUCAGAAGAUACGUCCGCUCCUGAAUAUGCCUUUACUGCCUGAAUUGAGUUUCGAUAUCUGUGCUUUAUUAGGAUGUAGUCGAUUUGAUUUCUGACGAUUUUGUUGUCUUUGUCAGCUGGCGAUUUCCAUGUAUAAAGGCGUCGCUUAGGUAAUUUAAAGAAUGUAUUUGCUGCUAUAACAUUAUGCUCCUGGCAAAAUUCUAAUAGGCGAUCCCCUCUGUCGUUUCGUUCGCCAAGCCCAUAUGGUCCUACAUUAGGGUAGCUAUGAUGUGUUAAAAGUAUCUUACUGAUGUGCGCAAUUAGAGCAAUUGUGCGAUAGUUGAUACUUAAUUCUUUCGCUUCCUUUUUAUAAAUGAGGACUCUUCUUCUCGAUGUGCCUAUCCGUGACGAAUGUUGGCGACCAUCAUGGCAAUCUUUAUCUGCAGCAACGCAGAAAAGCUGCACAGAUGUUGUGUUUAACCAGGUUCUGAGGUUCUUUAACCAGGAUAAUCUUCUUCCUAGACCUCGCUUUCCAAAUAGUUUUCCUUGCAGUACGGCUUGUAGGAGGGCAUAUCUGGAUUUAUUUCGCAUAAUGUGUCCAAAGUAUUCCAACUUUCGAGAUUUGAUGAUGGUUAGUACCUCUCGGUUCUUCCCCAUUCUUCUAAGGACCUCCUCAUUUGUAAUAUGAGGAUAAAUAUGUACAAUAUAGUGAUAAUAUAGUGAUUUUUAUCUUUAUCAAAUUGUAACUUUAAUAACUUUGUAAAUUACACGUUUUAACAAUUAUUGUUGUUCUAUUGAUACUAUUACUUCUUCUGAACAAAUAGCAUACCGUUUAUGAUGUGAUUAUAGUGUACUCAGAGAGUUCACGUGUUCAAGAAUUUAAUUUAGGUUUUGUAAAAUAUUUUGAAUUAUAUUCGCAUUUAGGGUAUACCAGUGAUAAUAAUUGAUUUCGUUUCUUUUACCCAGCUGCUCAAAUAUAAACUUUUUAUGGUAAUAUUUGACUGAAUAUGAUUAAUAAGUUCUGAAUCUUAUAAAAAAUUAAUUAUUUUCCUGUUUGGUUAACCGAUCAGAAUAUUACAAAGUAAAUACCGUUGUUAUAUGUAAAAAGACAAUUUUAUCUACGUUUCCUUCUAUUUGCUAUCAAUAUUAAGGCCGUUAUCAUAUCGAACAAUAUGUUAUAUAACCUCGUUAUAGAAGUUUGGGGCCUGAUUUAGGAGCUAUUGGAACCCUACCUUUUGAGGCUGUCAACGUCGCGUCGGUCCUGAGCUGACCUCAAGAGAUGGUGUAGAACCACCUAAUAGUCACUGCUAGAUUAACGAUAUUUGGUGAUGAUAAAAUGUGUCAUACCCAAGUGAAUGUGGCAUGAAACUAUGAAUGUGGCAUGCGCGAAACACCACCGACAGCAGCGCUGUAGCGGUGGAACACAGUACUAAGAAACACGGCUCGUAAAUACUGAAGCUUGGUCAAUCACGUGAACAAAAUAAGUUACCUAAGUUUCUCGACAUUUAUUGUUUUCAACAUACCGUAGAAGCCAAAAAAUUACUAUAUAAUACGAAAUAAUUAAAUAUGUAAACUAAAUAUGAAUUGAAAUAUAUGUUCAACAUUGGGCUAAUAAAGUGGACGAAUGACGAAAGAAAAUAUUGAAAAUUAUUAAAGUAUCAUAUAUUUAUAAAUAUUAUCAUAUUCCAUUUAUUCUGAAGAUUACUAAUAUUUUUUUCCGAAUUAAAUAUUCUUUGAAUUAGUCUAUUAUGUUUAAUUAUUGUCUCUUGUCCUACUUGUCCAACUUUUCAUACUUUUUUUUAUUAUUUUUAAUAUAAAAUAUUUGAGCUGCUGAUUUUAUAGAAAUGAUAUCAAUACAAAAUAUAUUUUUGAUAGUACAUGUAGUUUAUAAUGAUCUGAAUAAUGUUAAAAUUGUAAUUGUGAUGCAAUUAUAGUGCCACGUUUUAGUGCCUCAAAUAAAAAAUAUCGUAUAAUUCUUUUUAUACAGUGACAUUUAUAAAUUAAAUAAUAAAUAGUAGUGUUACAAAA